AGAAAAGCAACCCAAAGAAGAUAUACACUGAUCAUCUUCUUCUUCUCCAACAGAAAGAACGGGGUUUUAGAGAGAAGGUAGCGAGAUAAUCACGCCUAGCUGCUACACGUGGAGGUUAAGGGUUUCUUAAUUCAUCGUUUCUCUGAUCACAGGAACUCUUUGUUCGAGAUAUGGACUCUAAAAUAGUCAUCAAGGUUAAGUAUGGUGAGACACUUAGGCGUUUCAAUGCACAAGUUAACGAUGGUGGUAACUUGGAUAUUGAUAUGUUGAGACUUAGGGAAAAGAUCAUCAACCUAUUUGGGUUUUCUCCUGAAACGGAUUUUACUCUUACAUAUGUUGAUGAAGAUGGUGAUGUGGUAACCCUUGUUGAUGAUGAUGAUCUCUAUGAUGUGAUGAAUCAAUCUUUGAAUCCUUUGAGGAUAACUGUGAAACUGAACAACAGAAAUGGUGGGUUUUCAACCAGGUCGAGUGGAUCAUCUACCCCGAUGAGAUCACAUCAGCCCUUUGAUUUGAAUGGUAUAUCCAAAGUUAUGAAAUCUGUUCCUGAGCCUUUGCGCGAGACUCUGUCGAAGCUUUCUCUUGAAGUUGCUUCUAAGGCCUCGCAUACUGGCCCGAUAAUUGCUGGUCUAGUUGAUUCUCUUUCAAAGCUGGGUCAAUCUGUGAACCCGGAGACUCCGAGGAGGAACGAUGUAUCCGUUCCUGUUCCUGCACAGAAUUCUGAUAUCAAGCAAACACCGGUCAAAUUUGGUACCCAGAACGGGAAAGAGUCAGAGGUUAAUGAUGCUGUUGGCGAUGGAAAGCAGAAAGUUGAGAAAACUGAUGGAUUUAGACCUUUUGUGAUCAAACCGAUUAACCAAGCUAAAAGGGACUCUAAAUCUGCUAAUGUAGAUGGUGUUAAGGCGACUAAAUUCCCUCGUGGUCCUGGCAACAGUGCUGUUUCACAGCUUGUCUUGAAUCCGACAAAUGAAUCUCCUUUUCAAGGAUCUGGUUUGUCUUUUGGUGGCCCUGGUCCGUGUCCAUUCAAAAGGAGCUACAGACGCAACAAUGGAAUGGGUGGUAGUGUUUACCAUAGGGGUAUCCGUUGCGAUGGAUGUGGGGUGCAUCCAAUUACUGGACUGCGUUUCAAGUCUAAAGUAAAAGAAGAUUAUGAUCUAUGCAGCAAUUGUUUCACCAACCUUGGAAAUGAAGAUGAUUACCUCAGAAUUGACCGUCCUGUUACUAGAAGUCCCAAUCUCGUCAGAGAGUUGGAUGGUUCUGAACAAUUUCCUUCUGAUGUCUUUCAUGGGAUGAUAAAUAUGAGAGAACAUCUUAAGCUUGAUGGAAGAUUCGUCAUGGACAUUAAUGUCCUUGAUGGUACUGUUUUGGCUCCGUCGACUCAAUUUACCAAGAUUUGGCGAAUGACAAACAAUGGAAGAGCUUCUUGGCCAAGGGGAACAGAACUUGUUUGGAUAGGGGGAGAUAAAUUCAGUAGCAUAACCCGUGCUGCACUUCAGAUUUCUGUUGAGGGAUUAGCUGUGGGUAAAGAGAUUGAUAUCGCUGUCGAUUUCUGUGCACCCGAGUUUCCUGGUCGCUAUAUCUCUUACUGGAGACUGUCAUCACCUUCUGGCCCGACGUUUGGGCAGCGUGUUUGGGUUCUCAUCGAGGUUGAUGCUGCUUUGAAAGACCCCCUUAGCGAGAGGCUUAGUGGGUUGAACUUGAAUCUGCCACCUGUCAGCUCUGACACAAAUGACGUCGACAUUGAUAUGAAUUUCGACCCCAUGAUGGAGGAUAAAGCUCAUGUUACUGAUGAUUAUAUUAACACCGAAGAAAAUGAACCUGAGCCUGUCUUUCCAACCUUAACAGAUCAUGUUAGUGCUGUAAAACAGGUGGAUCCACUCGUCCAAGCAUAUGCAAAAAAAAUAGAGGGUACAGGUUACCCGAUUUUUGGCACUUGGUCAGUUGGAAGUGGAUCCGGAUCAGCUGGAUCCGUUGUGUUUCCAACCAAGCCAAAUUUCUCAAUCCAUCCUUCUCUAUUGGCUGUCGGAAGUAUUGGUAACUCUGUUCAACCCAUCAUUGACAUGAAGGAAGCUGCUCCCACUGCCCCUGUUGCUGCCCCGGUUGCUGCUCCCACUGCCCCGGUUGCUGCUCCCACUGCCCCAGUUGCUGCCCCCACUGCCCAAGUGGCUGAUGAUAACAAUGAUGUGGAGCUGACCCUCCUUAAGGAGCUUGAGGACAUGGGUUUCAUGGAAAUCAAUCUGAAUAAGGAGAUUUUGAGGAAGAAUGAGUAUGAUUUUGAACAGUCUGUUGAUGAACUUUGUGGAGUAUCUGAAUGGGAUCCUAUCCUGGAGGAGCUGAAUGAGAUGGGUUUCUCUAACAAGGAAAUGAACAAGAGGCUGCUGAAGAAGAACAACGGGAGCAUCAAGCGCGUUGUGUUGGAUCUGAUAGCCGGAGAAAAAGCGUAAUCUCGAACAUGCACUUAUGUUUUUUUUUUUGUCGUCGUCUAUCUUUAGUUAUAUGAAUAAGUUGUUAAACUGCCAGAAGGUUAUUGGGUUUUGUUAUGUUGCUUGCUGUGCUGUAUAUUUUAAAUUUGGUAACUGGCAAUAUGUUAUGUAAGGAUCAUUAAAAGUUUGGUAAUAUUUUCUAUUUAGUA